CUUGGGCUGGGCUGGGCUGGGCCGGGCCCAUUACUCGACAUCCCUUCCCAAGCACUAUAAUGUGUUGGAGAAGGGAGAUGCCUUUCUUGAAUUGAAUGAAAUUGAUGCGUUGCUUGCCUUGCCCUCCUCCCCUUCCCUUCCCUUCUUCCCUUCCUUAAUCACUAGGCAAGCGGACAGUCAGUCACAGCAGCCCCACUCUUCAGAUUCUGCCGCCGGCUCCUCAUCCUCCGCCGUCGCCGCUCGUCGCCGCUCCCUCCCUGCCACUCAACUCUCACCCUCCCAUCAUUCCCAUCCGCCAACCUCUACUAUUCCCUUCCCCAAAAUGACAAUCUCUUUAAACUCGAUUGCCUUUGCAAACCCUACCCUCGCCGCCGCCUCCUCUUCUUCUCCUUCCAUGACCUUGUCUCGCGUGCUCCCGACUUCGCUAGGGUUUCACCGACUCUCCACACCUACAAUGCACCGCCCACCCCUUGCCUUCAAUCUGCGUUUGAAAUAUACGCGCAAUCGCCCUGUCUUACUGUUUGCUGCCUCUCACGACGAAUCGAAGGCCUCAGAUAUUGAUAUAGACAAGGAAAAGAAGGCUCAAGAAUCGCAGGAAGCAUGGCAACAGACACUUGCUUCUUUCAAAGAACAAGCCUUAAAAAUGCAGAGCAUAUCUAAGGAAGCCUAUGAACAAUAUUCUAAAAAAGCAAUUAUCAUUCUGAAUGAGACAUCUGAAAAAUUGAAAAUUCAAGCCGAAAAGGCAAGACAAGAUGUGAGUGAAAUUGCCAAAGAAAUUGCGGAGGAGAGUAAAGAAUACUUGGCCACAGCUGCAGAAAAUUCCCCUGAGGCAAUGAAAGAUAUUGUUGAAACAUUUGCAGAUUCCAGUGAUGAGCUCAGUGACAUGUCUAAAGUGCGAGACUUUUAUGUUGGAAUACCUUAUGGUGCUUUUCUUUCGGCUGGAGGCUUCCUUUCGUUUAUGCUCACUGGAAGCAUUCCUGCAAUCCGAUUUGGUGUUAUACUUGGUGGUACUCUUUUGGCCUUGGGUAUAUCAAGUUUGAGAUCAUGGAAAAGGGGGGAACCAUCACCCUUGGCCUUGAAGGGGCAGGCAGUGAUUGCCAGUGUCUUAUUUAUUAGGGAAAUGCGCAUGCUGUCUAUGCGAACCUUUAUUGCCAAUUUCAUUUCCACCACAAUAAGUGGUGGAGUAGUUGCAUUCUAUCUCUACAGGAUUGUUACAGAUAAAGGGCGCUCUGGGGGGGUUCAUUUUGAAGGGGAACCAGGAAAUUGAUCUUGAGCUUGGCACUGGAAAUGGAUGGGCAUAUUCAUGUGAACCUGACGACAAGAUUUGGCCUCGCCAAGACUUGGUGGCGGUGCUCCAGUGAAUGAAAGGGAUUGGGUUGAACUGAAUCUUGAAUGUGGUGGUGUGGGUUGGGGGUAUUUGUUUGCUUUUUUGCUUGCUUACUGUUGGAGCUUGGUAGAUAGAUAGAUAGAUAGGGAUAUCUAUUCAGUCCAAUAAAUUAACGAAACCUCUCUCUCUCUCUCUCUCUCUCUCUCUCUCACUCACUUGACCGUCCCCCAUAGAUGUUGGAUCCCACGGGUCUCCUACAGAAAUAAGCUGCAUGCAUGCUUUCCCUUGAUUAGCUUAACUAGUUUAGCUCGCAUGGCUAGUUUCAUUGGUUUUGGAUAGCGUUUUAUUUUAUUAUAAUAAUAAUAAUAAUAACAUAAUAUGCAUAUGAAUUAUAAUUAUAUAUACAUUGUAUAUACUUUUGUUUGUAUAAAAUCUAUAGGUACAUGAUAUUAUUUCAUUUCACGUCAA